UUAAACUUUCAGCGUACCACCCCACACGAGUCAUCCAGACAUUGGCACGACAGUUUCUCUCUUUAGCGCACGAAAUUAUCGCGUCAUUUUCUUUCACUUUUUAAGUGGUCGCGUCACAGGAGUAUAUAAGUGAAGUGAUUAUCCAUAUGCCGCAUUACUUGGGCCUCAACUAGCAAUAACUGCACGAGCAAUUACAGGAGUACUGAUCAAAGAAGCUGACGGGACUCGAGUCUUACAUGAGCGUUAUGUGCCUCGUAUGGAGAUACAGAUUAGUCGUUUCCAUCAUUCUGGUUGUCGUGCUCUGUGAUGUUUACGCAUCAGACGCACAACCAAUUGGAAAAGUUUAUCCACGCGGAAAUCACUGGGCUGUUGGGCACUUAAUGGGCAAGAAAAGCACAGAUGAGGAGGUCAGACCUGAGGAUCCAGAAGGCGACGACGAGACCUCUAUGACGACUCUAGAUCAGGAUCUGCAGCUGGAAAGAUACAACAAACAUCUGCUGCUGCCAUUCCUGCAUGCACUCGUGAAAGGACGGAUGGCACCGGAGAGCAUGCCGGAGGGCACAGAGGAGAUCGAAGCUCUUAAACUGCUCCAGCGCUUGCUGGAAAAGAGACGUCAGUGGGAGGAAGGUCAUAAGGGAGACAGACGAGUCAGCCUGGCUGAGGACAUCUUGUUACGGAUUUUACUAAUGCAGGAUGACAAUGAAAGCUGAGGACCAACUGGACAAAAGACUGGUUUGAAGUUCACUUGACAACUGGCUUGAUCGAAUACAAAUCUAAUUUAUUCAGAAGCAUAUAAAUAAGCAUGUUAUAUUUUUGUAUGUCAAUAUCUCUACAAAGAAACACUGAGUGUCAUCAUUCUGUACAUUUUAUGGUAUUGUUUUUUAAAUGAAUUAAUUUUCUUGAUAACGGACACCAUAGUAACCAUUGUAGCCACAGUUCAAUUGAUUAAUAUGUAAUAAACUUUAAGUUGUUGGGCUA